AUGUGCUUGGAGAUUCCCAGUAUCAUGGAAACUCACCCCAUGUUUGCAACACUCUACCCAUGGGACACCGACGAGGUUCUCUACAAGGACCUGCUUGACCCAUCCACCAAACCCACCGCCAAAACUGGCUGGCCCAAGGUUGCUGGCGCUUGCAAUCUGGCAAUGCAUCUUGGCUACGAAUGGAUCUGGAUAGAUACAUGCUGCAUCGACAAGUCUAGUAGCGCCGAGUUGCCUGAAGCUGUCAACUCCAUGUUUCGCUGGUAUCAAGAAGCGGAUAUCUGCAUCGCCUACCUGGCCGACAUUCGGCACAUGGACCCCAGGCCCGUUAAAUAUGUCACUUAUAUGAGAGACAGCAACUGGUUCACCCGUGGAUGGACUCUACAGGAGUUGUUGGCGCCGCGAGUUGUGGAAUUUUAUUCGGGAGACUGGAAACACCUCGGAUCCAGGAACAACAUCAGCCUGGACCUAGAACGAAUCACAGGAAUCAACGCUGCGUAUUUGAGUGGCCGAAAAAGAGUUACAGAGGCCAGCGUUUCAGAGAGAAUGUCAUGGGCUUCGAGGAGACAGACCACCCGUGUCGAGGACAUGGCCUACUGCUUGCUGGGUAUCUUCAACAUCAACAUGCCCCUGAUCUACGGAGAGAGAGAGAAAGCUUUCAAAAGGCUUCAGCAUGCUAUCAUUCGGGAGAUUGACGAUCAAACUAUCCUGGCUUGGGGUACUGGUUUUGUUGGACUGGAAGAAAUCGAUCAACGUCACGACGACUACCAGCCACUCCUCGCCAGGAGCCCUUAUGCUUUCAAGGACUGUGGUGACCUAGUUCCAUGCAACAGCCCGCAAGCUAAGUCAAGGCUAGAAAUCCUCCAGGACGGUGUAAAAAUCACCUCCCCCAUACUAUGGGAGACCAAGAUCCUUGGCGACACCCACUACAACCCACUCUCUGGUCAUUCUUUUGUGGUGUUGCUUGCACCCCUACAGUGUCGGCGGAGGAGUGACUUCUUCGACUGCAUCGCUCUAGUGCUGAAGUGUGAGAACAUUAGCCAUAACACGACCAGAAGAAGGCUCACACUGGAAGAUAUGCGGCUUCAUAGGGCGACCCAAGGCUGGCAUCUCGUGCCCAGGAAGUUGUGGUGGACUAAGCCCCUUAGACGAACGCUGAUACCGCUCGACGCUCUAGCAGAACUGAAUCACCACACUGCUAGACAGGACGAGGGUUUGAUCAUUCGAACACUCCCGAAAGGUUACAGCAUCAAGGAGUACUACGAUCCCACAGCAACAUAUCAACGUGUUCCGCCGUCACUUCGCAUCCCCGACGCCCAUCCCUGCGGACUGAGCCACCCCAUCAUAGUCAGCAUCGGAACGGACUCACGAAAUAGCAUUGCUCUCAUAAUUCGGUAUCAAUUCGUCCCAGCCCAGCACCCAUCCCCCAAGCCCCAUGUGAAGUCUGAGGCUCGGCGCGCCUCGGCAUCCUCUGACCCUAACUGGCAACCAUGUAGCAUACGAGGCCGCAUUGUUUGUAUUCCCAAUGGCAUGGACCUGAAAAAAGUUGCCAAAAUUGACGAGGCCGAUGUCAGGAAACAGUGGGACGCUUUGAAGGCGAUUAAGCCGGACGCGAGGUUCAUACCAGGCAAGCGGCUGGAUUUUCGGGAGAGUAGGUUGGAGAAGUGCACUUGGUUACUGCCAAAAUUUUUCGAAAGAGCCUGGGUACGGUAA